UCGCGGGGCCGCAGCGGUCAGGCUGGCUGACCGAGUGGGCAGAGGUGGAGCGUCCUGAGCCUGGCUCCCACUGGGGCUCUCGGUGGACGGGGUUCUGUUGCCUCCCAGAUGGCACGUGGGGCCGUGUCCCCCGACGGGGGCUGGGGGUGGAUGGUGGUGCUCUCAGCGUUCUUCCAGUCGGCACUGGUGUUCGGGGUGCUCCGCUCCUUUGGCGUCUUCUUUGUGGAGUUUGUGGAGGCGUUUGAGGAGCAGGCAGCGCGUGUCUCUUGGAUCGCCUCCCUCGGAAUCGCGGUGCAGCAGUUAGGGAGCCCGGUGGGCAGUGCCCUGAGCACGAAGUUCGGGCCAAGGCCCGUGGUGAUGGCUGGGGGCAUCUUGGCAGCGCUGGGGAUGCUGCUCGCUUCCUUUGCUACCUCCUUGACUCACCUGUACCUGAGUAUUGGGCUGCUCUCAGGCUCUGGCUGGGCCUUGACCUUCACUCCAACCCUGGCCUGCCUGUCACGGUACUUUGAUCGCCUGCGAUCCCUGGCCACGGGGCUGGCACUGACUGGCGUGGGCCUCUCCUCCUUUGCCUUUGCCCCACUCUUCCAAUGGCUGAUUAGCCGCUAUGCAUGGCGGGGGGCCCUACUGCUGGUGUCUGCGCUCUCCCUCCACCUGGUGGCCUGUGGUGCUCUCCUCCGCCCACUCGCCCUGACUGAGGACCCUGCCACGGGUGGCCCUGGCGCCCAGCUCACCUCCCUCCUCCAUCAUGGCCCCUUCCUCCGUUACACUGUUGCCCUCACCUUGAUCAACACUGGCUACUUCAUCCCCUACGUGCACUUGGUGGCCCAUCUCCAGGACCUAGACUGGGAUCCACUGCCGGCUGCCUUCCUACUUUCAGUGGUUGCUAUUUCUGACCUUGUGGGGCGUGUAGUUUCUGGGUGGCUAGGGGAUGCUGUCCCAGGGCCGGUGGCACGACUCCUGAUGCUCUGGACCACCCUGACUGGGUUGUCACUGGCCCUGUUUCCUGUGGCUCAAGCUCCCACAGCCGUGGUGGCUCUGGCCUUGGCCUACGGCUUUGCCUCAGGGGCCCUGACCCCAGUGGCCUUCUCCAUGCUGCCUGAACUGGUGGGGACUGGAAGGAUAUACUGCGGCCUGGGACUGGUGCAGAUGGUAGAAAGCAUCGGGGGACUGCUGGGGGCUCCUCUGUCAGGCUACCUCCGGGAUGUGACAGGCAACUACACAGCUUCUUUUGUGGUGGCCGGGGCCUUCCUCCUUGCAGGGAGCGCAGUUCUCAUCACCCUGCCCCACUUCUUUGGCUUCUCAGCUCCUACCUCCAAGCCCCAGAGCCUUGCCACAGAGGCACUGAAUACCAAAGUCCCCCUGCCCAAGGAAGGGCUGGGGGAGGACUGAACUCCAGAAAGAGGCUGGCUGUUAGACACAGAAAGCCAAGGUUGGCAGCUCCAGGUCUUCUCCUCCUGCCUCAUGUUGGUGCCCACAGAACCACAGUGCCUUAAGCAUCUUGGUUUAUUUUCCACCACAGCAGACCCAGGGCUCCUGUGAUGUGUGUGUGCCAAUCCUUGGUAUUUAGCUGAGGACUCCUCUCUCUGCUGUGCUUCCACAGCCUUUUCUGCAGGAUCCAGGAGUUCGCCCUGCACAGCUGAGCUGUGAAUCAAACUGUGAAAAUCAAAGGCCAAGAGACUUACUCUGUUUUACACGUGAUCUCUAGUGUUGCCCAGUUCAUUUCUUCUCUGAAGACUGAUGUUUGGGAA